UUUUCUUUUUUUGUGGGAAGUCAGAUGUUUCAAGGAACGUGAAGAAUCGUAGAAAGAGGGAGAGAGAGAGAGAGAGAGAGAGAGAGAGGAAGAAGUUGAGUGUCCUAUAAAGCGUGAAUCAAAUCCGCUCUAACCACAUCUUUCUCGGAGGAGGAUCUAAACCUGCAUUUGAUCCAUCUUAGAGAUCUGAAUCAGAAUUGAUUAAGAGAGAGAGAGAGAGAGAGAGAGAUGGCGGCGGAGAACGAGCAGCGAAAGUCAUCAGCGGUCUCCGACAUGGGAGCUUGGGCAAUGAACGUGAUCAGCUCCGUUGGGAUCAUCAUGGCCAAUAAACAGCUCAUGUCUUCCUCUGGUUUCUCCUUCAGCUUCGCAACGACUCUCACCGGCUUCCACUUCGCUCUAACCGCAUUGGUCGGAUUCGUCUCGAACGCGACGGGGCUCUCCGCGUCCAGACACGUCCCUACCUGGGAGCUGAUCUGGUUCUCAAUCGUCGCCAACGUCUCCAUAGCCGCCAUGAAUUUCAGCCUCAUGCUCAACUCCGUCGGAUUCUACCAGAUCUCGAAGCUGAGCAUGAUCCCCGUCGUCUGCGUCAUGGAGUGGAUCCUCCACAGCAAACGCUACUCCAGGGAAGUUAAAGUGUCUGUUGUGGUUGUUGUCGUCGGCGUUGGUAUCUGCACCGUCACCGACGUCAAAGUUAACGCCAAAGGGUUUAUAUGCGCGUGUGUUGCUAUUUUCUCCUCCUCUUUGCAGCAGAUUUUAAUAGGUUCCUUGCAGAAGAAAUAUUCGAUUGGAUCUUUCGAGUUGCUGAGUAAAACAGCGCCGAUUCAAGCUGUUUCGCUUCUCGUUGUUGGUCCUUUUGUUGAUUAUCUCCUCAGUGGCAAGUUCAUCUUGAGCUACAACAUGUCUUCUGGUUGCUUUGUAUUCAUCCUUCUCUCAUGUGCCUUAGCUGUGUUCUGCAACAUAAGCCAGUACCUUUGCAUCGGGCGGUUUUCAGCAGUAUCGUUCCAGGUUAUAGGCCACAUGAAAACUGUGUGUAUCUUGACACUGGGAUGGCUCCUCUUUGAUUCCGCUAUGACUUUCAAAAACGUGUCCGGCAUGUUUGUUGCCAUCGUUGGGAUGGUGAUCUAUAGCUGGGCCAUGGAACUGGAGAAACAGUCUAAUCUUGCGGCAAAGGCUUUGAACAGUGUGAAACACAGCUUGACUGAAGAGGAGUUUCAGCUUUUAAAGGAAGGUGUGGAAACUACACAGUCCAAAGAUGUUGAGCUUGGCGGCGGCUACACAAAAGCUUAGUAAGAGAGAUGAUGGAUAGUAAACAUAGUUCUUUUCUGUGUUAAAGUUGUUAUGUUUUGUGUUAUUUAAACCAAAAGGGUGGUGGUCGAAAUAAAGCAAAGAUCAAAUCCUCCCCAUAAAGGAUUCUAGGAGAUUAGUCUACGCUUCGAACUAUAUGUCCCUUUGUUAUAAAAAGAUGUUUUGUGUUUUAUUUA